AUGCUGCGCCCCAAGGGCAUGGAUGCAGCUCCUGCCUCUUCUCCGCCUCUGCUGCGCCGGCGCCUAAACAUGACGAUCUCCAAGGGGAUGCCGGCGAAUCGCGAGAGCAUAGGAGGCGUCAUAAAGCCGCUGGCGAUGCAGAGAAUGAGCGUGGUGAUGAGGCGCGGGAAGGGCACGGGCAGUCGCCACGAUGCGUCUCCCCUUCAGGCGGCUACGCAGACAAGCCCUGUCCACGGACAGCCCAGGCUGACGGCGCGCCCAGCCAUGUAG